AUGGAAAAUGCAAAGAGCCCGAGCAGCUUUGAACCCUCUGGUGUGGAGACACACGUGAAAGGGCCAAUAUUACAGUUUUCGCUCAGCCCUUUGGUGAAGACUCCAAAGGAGGCCACAGGAAAGAAUUUGGAGCCAGCCAAAACUAAAGAAGUUAAAUAUCUCACCGGGACCAAGCUUGUCAUGGUGAUAAGUGCAGUGACUCUGGUUAACUUCCUUGUUUCACUUGAUAUUACGAUCAUCGUGACAGCAAUCCCAUCAAUCACUACGCAUUUUCACUCCCUUGACGACAUCGGGUGGUAUGGUAGCGCGUAUCAAAUUACCGGAGCUUGUGUGCAGCCUCUGAGUGGCAGAAUCUACACGAACUUCAGUUCGAAAUGGACAUACCUCGGCUUCUUUUUCGUCUUCGAGUUGGGUUCACUUCUUUGUGCUCUAGCUACUUCUUCUAAGAUGCUUAUCAUUGCUCGAGCCGUUGCUGGAAUCGGGUCUGCGGGCUUGACAAAUGGGACUUUGACCAUUGCUACAUCUUCUGUCCCCUUACAUAAGUCACCUCCGCUGAUCGGGGCCAUUAUGGGCUUCUCCCAACUUGGAGCUGUUCUUGGUCCCCUUCUGGGAGGUGCAUUUACCGAAUACGUGACAUGGAGAUGGUGCUUUUAUAUCAACCUCCCGGUCGGUGCCAUCGUGGCGUUGCUUUUGGUGUCUACCGAAAUUCCCGAUGAAAAUGCCAAGAUGAAAGACGACGUUUUUUCCAUCAUUUUCCACAAGCUCGACCUCAUCGGAUUCGUUUUCUUUACUCCAGCAGCCGUUCAGCUUCUCCUUGCAAUUGAGUACGGGACAAACCAAUACGACUGGAGCAAUAUGACCGUUAUCGGACUCUUCUGUGGUUCUGGCGCUACAUUCAUUGUCUUCAUUUUCUGGGAGCAUCGCCAGGGUGACCUUGCUAUGAUUCCUCUUCCGAUAAUCUCCAGGCGCAUAGUUUGGGCAAGCUGCCUGGUGAUUAUGUGUAAUGUUGGAAUAACUCUUGUUGCCUCUUUUUACCUUCCCAUCUAUUUUCAAGCUGUCAAUAAUGACUCUCCCACGAUGAGCGGAGUCUGUAUUCUGCCUGCUGUUCUGGCACAUUUAAUUUUCGCAGUGCUAUCCGGGGUUUUAAUUGGGAAGCUCGGGUAUUAUCUUCCGUGGGGUGUUUUCUGCGGUGUGGUUGCUUCCAUCGGCAACGGCUUAAUCUCGACCUGGGCUCCAGAUACGCCGACUGGGAAAUUGGUGGGAUAUCAGAUACUGUUGGGAGCUGGGCGUGGAGCCGGUUAUCAAGUGCCCAUCAUUGCGAUUCAAAAUGCGCUCCCGCCCAGCCAAGUUUCUAUCGCCAUAGCAAUUCUCAUAUGUUCUCAGAGACUAUUCGGUGCAUUAUGCCUCACAUUCGCGCACGUGAUUUUCUCGAGCGGACUAAAGAAUUUGGUCCCUAAGUAUGCGCCUAAUGUGAAUCCUACGACAGUAAUCAAGGCCGGAGCGGCCGGUAUUCGAGAUGUGGUAUCGAGUCAGGAUCUGGCUGGCGUGGUUAAAGCUUACGCGGAUAGUAUUGAUCGUGUUUUCUAUAUGGUAGCUGCACUCGGGGUUUUUUAUUUGGCGUUUUGUUCAGGGAUGGAGUGGAAGGAUGUUCGAAAGAAAACACCUUCUGCGGAACAUGUUUAG